AUGAACAACAAUAACCAUCCGCACCAUCAACUACAACAGCAGGGCGGACAACCGCCGCCGGCAGCGUUGUCCCAAACGGUUUCACAACUGGGCGGCUCUAGUGCUCCUCCAGUCUCUCAUCAGAAGCAGGACGAGACUGGUAGUGGCGGCUAUGUGAAUGACCUCAAGUCGACGAAUUCUAAACAACUGCUGAACGCCUAUGUCUAUGAUUUCUUGAUCAAGUCAUCCUUACCACGAACCGCACGGAGCUUCAUGAAGGAGGCGGACAUCCCUAAAGGACCGCCUACGAGUAAAGUUAUCAAACGUGCUCCGCAGAAGGAGCUGUUACCUCUGGCUAUAUCGCUAGAUGCUCCUCAGGGGUUCCUGUACGAAUGGUGGCAGAUCUUUUGGGACGUGUUCAACGCUAGAACACAUCGUGGUGGGUCGGAUAAUGCCCAGCAGUACUACCAAAUGCAGCUGUUGAGACAACACAAAGAGCAUGCGUUGCACAACUCAACUACGCAGGCAGUACAAUCACAGCAUAUGGGCAUCGGCGUGAGUAUGGGAAUGAACUCUGGAGUGGUGAUGGGUGCUUCAACCGCGUCGCAACAGCAACAACUACAACAACAAUCACAACAACCUCAAAUGUAUCCUCAGAUGUCGUUUCAAACCCGUGGUCAACGGCCAUCAUCACAGCAACAACCACAGCAAGCUCAUCGAGGGCCUGGUGUUCAAAUUCACACCCAAGGUUCACAACAACACCAUACUCCAUCACAGGCACCUACGCCUGGUCCCCAGGCUUCACAACUAACGCCGCAGGCUACACAGUCAACACCACAAGCUACACAGCCAACUCCACAACAGGUUCAAGCACAGGCCCCGUCUGUAGGUGCUCAAUCACAGAUGAUACCGCAGCAGUUUGGAAAUCCAUAUCAGCAGUUUCAACAACAACAACCACAACCUCAAAUACAACCACAACCACAAUUACAACCACAAUCACAGCAGCAGUCACAGCAACCAAUGAAUAACAUGAUGAAUGUGAUGGCGCAGCAGCGGCAGCAACACAUGGCUGGUGCUCAGUCAGAGAGAUCUUUCCUUGUUCCUUCUCAGCAACAACAACAACUACACCAAUCACAACAACAACAGGAGGUACAACAUCACUUCCAGCAGCAACAGAACCAACUCUUUGCAGGUCAGAAAGCUGGUGCUACAGCUCAGACUCCAGUUGUUCCAGGUGGAAUCCCUCAAAAUUUUGUGAGGGCUCAAGCUCAGGCCCAGAUGCAGAUGAAUCACUUGAGACAGCAGCAGUUUGUCAUGCAACAACAACAGUUACCUCAACAACCUCAACAACCUCAACAACCUCAACAACCUCAACAACCUCAACAACCUCAACAACCUCAACAACCUCAACAACCUCAACAGCCUCAACAGCCUCAACAGCCUCAACAGCCUCAACAACAGCAACAACAAGCACAGAAUUUCAAAGCUCCACCACGCUCGUAUGGUCCACCAACUCCUCUGGCAAAUGGUAAUCCACAGCAACAACCGCAAGCUCAAAGCCAACAACGGUCAAGUCCUUCGAAGAAACAAAAAUUAGAGAAUGGUUCGAGUAAGAAUUCUCCCUUUACAGACAUCAAAGAGGACACGAAACCUCAAUCUGAUAAGGAAGGCUCUACAGGGUCGAGCGCUUUACAUGACUAUCAGAUGCAACUUCUGUUGCUAGAAAAGGAGAACAAGAAAAUGCUUAGUGAACCAAAGAAGGAGGAAAAGAAGACAUUCAUUAAGAAGAUGCCCCCACCGAAGUCUAAAAAGACGGCUACCUCGAACAGCAACUCACCUUCUCUUCCAGUUGUAACUGCGUCAACUUCGAUCUCGCACACUACUUCCACAACAACAGCAAAUGGUAGAAAGAAAACAGCAACUAGACGCAAGUCAAAGAAACAGACUACUGCUAACAAUUCUGAACCACCAACUCCAACAACUCCAUUGACUCCAAACCCCCCAAUAUCAUUACCGGUAACUGCUCCGAAUGCUUCCAAGGCAAAUUCUGGAACCGCAGUAACCGCUUCCACUUCCAUUACCGUGAAAGAGGAAAUCCAUCAACUGUCAAAGGAUUCCAAUGAAGGACCAACACCUUCCAACCAGUCACAACUUACUCCCCCAACAUCUGAGAAUGCACCAAGUGGCGAUGUAAUGCUGACAAACCCUGAUGGCCCAAAUGAUGCACAGGUGGAGUUUGGUCAAGACGUUGCUGGUAAUCUAAUGGAUAACGGAGGAUCUCUACCUAAUGAAAUGUAUCCUGAAUUUACGCUGUCAGAUUUUUCAAAUGAAAUCUCUGGAGAUGGUAACUUCAAUUUGGAGACUUUUUUGAACACGGAUGGUAAUGACGUUACAACCAGCUUUGACAGUUAUUGGCGUGAUAGCGUGGAAGCUACAGAGUAG